AUGCAGCAGCAAAUGGCCGCAUCCCCUGCCUCCGACGGUGCCGAUUCGACCACGGGACCCUCUCCAUCCAAGAGGCACAAGAAACGGGACAACUCGGGUCCCAGGAAUCUAGUGACGGACACGACGCGACAAGAAGGCGCACCGCAGUCUCCUCAUCGCAGUCGACGUCACAAGAAGAAGAAACAUCACCGGAUCGCGUCCCUAGAGCCAGGUGAACUCGCACCCCCUCUAGACACUGGAGGAGGCGCAGCCGAAGCGGAGCAAGCGCUGCGCCGAGCCACCGGGGCAGAAGUGCGCCAAAUCACGCCGGGUCACGACAACGUUCAAGCGCCAGUGGAAACCGGCGUUCUCGUUUCCCGCACCGGAUCCAUGGUGGACGCGACAUCGGUGCUGUAUGACCGAGAAAAGGAAGGCGACGUGCUCCCGUCGGUGACUCCCCCUGGUGUCGCCCAGGAGAAGGAGGCUGUCGUAGACACACCGCGCGCCCCUGGCAAGGACAACGUAGUGGCCAUCUUCGGUGGCAAUGGCGCCUACCAGCGGCUGUCGUUGGGGUUCGUCAUGAUGGCCUACUUCAGCCUGUCCGUACACCUCUUCAUCGACGCCGUCAUUGAGCGCGAGGUGCACUUCACGUGCAAACCACUGAGCUGGGCAAACGUAUCGAUUCCCGAGGACGACGCCUGGAGCACCACACGAGGCUGGUCAAAGCGGGAUGAUGACGUCGCCUGUCGUCAACGGCAGCACCCGGAAAGUGGUGACGUCACUAUUCCGUGCCCCGCGUGGCUCUACGAGAACGCCCGCCGCCACAACAACAUUGUACCUGAGUGGGACAUGGUGUGUUCGCGGCAGUGGCUGCGACCGUUCACACGGUUCGCCUUCCUCGCCGGCAGCCUGGUAGCCUGGGUGCUGCCUUUCCUGGUCGACAGGACCGGCCGGCGUCCCAUAAUUCUGUUGGCAGUAGUAGCGGCGUCGAUGUUCUCGUUCGCAAUCUACUUCGUGAAGUCGGUGCUCCUGUUCAUGAUUUGCCGCUGCCUCCUGGGGCUCUUCCUGAUUGUCCUCUACAUCGCCAGCUUCGUUCUCAUGUUCGAGGCAGUAUCGCGCGAGUACCUGGCGCUGUUCGUCGUGAUUUCACAGCUCGGUUUCGCCACCGGCCACAUGUUCGUGGGUGUACUGAACAGGCCACAGCUCUCAUGGCGAUCCAUACAGCUGAGUUACACCCUGCCCGUCAGCGCGUGCGCAGUCGCCUUCGUCGCUGUGACCGAAUCUCCGCGAUGGCUGAUGGCACGCGGCCAGUUAGCGCGAGCUGAGGUGGUCAUGAUGAACUCCUCGAGGCUGAACGGCCUCAGCAAGCGGAAGGCCCAAUUCCUCUGGCGGAGAGCGUGCAACGAAAUUGAAAAGUCGCACGAUCGCUGGACCACGGCCCUACGAAUGCCUACGCGCGGCUUGCUGGUGUCCUCCACGAACAUCCGCUUCCUCCUGGUCGUGAUGGUCUGCAGGUUCUCGUGCACCCUGGUGUACCUGAGCGCAGUCACGCACUUCGUACAGCGCUCCAUGCGCCCAGUGUUCGAUGCGAAAUACUUGGCCACCCUAGACAUGGCUUGCGUGGUGGCAGGCGGCGCUUUCUUGGAGCGCUACGGUCGCAUUCGCACCUCGGCCGUGUGCUUCUUCGUCGCGGGCGUCGCCUGGACGCUCACCGCGUUCGUGCAGAGCGAGGACGACCUGGAGUACUCGGUCCUGGUGUUUAUCGGUUUAUUGGCGCAAGCCGCAGUGCACUGCGUAUUGCCCGUGGUGAACGUAGAGUUGUUUCCGCAGCUGGUGCUGACCUUCGCCUACUGCUGGGGCGAGGCAUCCAGCCUGCUCGGAGCGCUUGGUUCCCCGUACAUCAUGUUGCUGGCUCGCGACAACUAUCCUGUCAUGCUGCUUCUGCUGUUCGCCAUAGUGACGUUGAUCAGCGGUGGCCUCGUGCUCACCGUGCCGGAGACGAGACGCGAGGCCCCUUUCGUGGCGCGCAGCGCUGCCCCGUCCCUGUUCGAUUUACACGCUUAG